ACUGGAGGGAGCGCCCAAGCUGGGCAGAGGACCAGGCCUCUCCCGAGGAUGAUAGGCCUGAGAGCGCGCUCCGGGGAAGAGGAGGCGGAGAAGGCUGAGUCCGACGGCAAAACAGGGAAGACCCAGUUCGACAAUAGCCUCGCAGCGUGCGGAUUCGGGGUGAAGGGGUGUGGUGUGUGUUUAGGAGACCGGGCACCCUGGUGUGUUCAGGGUCGCAAGAGGAGGCGGGGGUUAUGGGCGACACGAGCAGUGAACGAGCGGGUGUGUGUGUGCCCGUUCGCGGGGUGCGUUGAUCUAGAGGUACGCGUUCGUGUAAACAGUCGAUGGAGGAUGAGCUCUAGAAAACUCUGGGCCUUCUGUCGGUUUGGAGCCAAGUGAUCUGUAAGGAUGUGCGGGAGAUUUCCGGGAAUGUGAGUAAAGUAGGGUUGAGGACCGAUCCCGAGGGUGGUGCCAGGAAUUCUAUCGCUUGGGUGCGAUCCCUAGAGAGAAGCCAGAAUUAAUGUGCCAGAUAAGGCGUGCGAGUGCAAAGGUAGAGCAAGUUGAGCUUUCGCUAGGGCUGUGACGUGGGGUUGACUGACAAGGUAUGUGUGAGAAAGACGCAUGCGUUAGGGUCGGGAAGGGGUUACAGCAUGUUUCCUACGGCGUGUAAUUGUCCUGGGGGCGGGGGAGAUCGCGGAGGUAAAGCAUGCUGGAUGAGGGCCCUUGUAUGGAUACGUGGGGUAGGAGGUGGUAUACCUUCGUACAGAUAUGGGCUGCUCCUUUCUGAAAUUGGACGUCAGCAGGUGCUCUAGAUUGAAUGAGAAAUGCAUGGAGAGCGUGGUUCCUGAGUGCUUCUCUCCAUGGAGGAGUGUGAAGGAAGGGGAGUAGGACAGUGUUUCUAGGAUUGCAGUAAUGCAUGAAUGGGGCAUGUAGCUGGAGGAUGAUGUCCUUUUCUUAGCAUCUUUGUGUGCAUAUUGAGUAAGUCAUUUAUGAGAAAAUAACUUGGGGUUGCCACCACAUAGUUCUGACUAUAUCCACAAGAAUCUCUCUCUAUUUCUGUAUACUUACAAAAGCUCUGAAGAGGGAGACUUGAACAUCUCUAUUUUAGGAAAAGCAUGUUAGAAUAUUGAGCUGAGUGUAUAUCUUAAAUAUACCUAAAGUCAUCACUAUACUUAUAAGUCCUUUCAAUGUGUGGGAGUUAAAAAAACCAGUAGUAUAUUUAGUGAAAUGCAUAUGAGAUUACAGUUAUACUAUUGAAAGCAGGAAUGGUGCUGUGGGAAAACAGUGAAGACUGACAUUUUAAUCCAUAAUCAUAUAACUCUAACCCCACCCCAAUACAACUGAUCACAUCUGGACCUUGGGCAGAGUGUUUUCAGUGCUGGGACUGCAUCUUUGGAACCAGCUACACCAGAAAGCACAGGUUCUGAGGUUUAAUCCGUAGCAUCUCUAAUUCAAAUGAUGUCUACACAUCUGCAUGGGAUUUUGGAAAACUGCUGCCAUUCAGAAGAGUAGACAGUACUUGAUUUUACAGACUGGUGAUCUGGUUCAAUACAAGGCAGCAUCAUAUGUUCACUGUAUACACCAAAGCUGUGACUGCUACUUCCCAGUAUGCAUACAUGCAAUGGAGUACAUGGGCUUGCAAUUGUCAAGUAUGAGUCUAUUUAUCACAUCUUAUUUCGUACAUAAACAUACUUCCCAUAUAAGGAUUUUGCUAUGUUUGAAAUAACUGACAUAUACCCCCCCACUAAAAUAGUAAAUGUUACUAAGUUUCAAUGCUAAGGUGACAUUGGAGAUUAGCCUUCUGCUUUGUUUUGUUUUUUAAAAAAUUACAAGGCCAGUAUUUUAGAAACCACUUUUCCUGCAUUGGCAGUUUUAUCUUGGCUUGUCUCUGAAGCUGACAAGAUAAAGUAAGACACCAGUAUAGUGAGCUAUUCUGUUUUUAUUCAGAGUUCCAUUACUCUUGAUUAGGUAAUUACAUGAGAGGCCAGGGGUUCCUUGUGCAGGUCUGAUGUUCAUGUAAACAUUCUACAGUUUUGUCACGGUAUAGUGUUUUUGAUUUAGCACUCAGAAAUGUGUAAAACUCACUGAGUUACUGUGUGUAACUAGAAAAAAUGUACUUGAUGCUGUUUAGCCAUGGUUAGAUUACCUAGCAAUUAUCAAACAAGCAUUUUUACACUCCUGUAACAAGGUACUCCCAUUAUUUUGAUAUUCCUUGACUGUUCAUCUACCCAGUGAUUUUAGACUGGGAUUGGAAAGUAUGGCUGUAUAUAGCAGGGUAUAAGACUUUUUGUUUGUUUGUAGGUUGAAAUUAAUCCUAGAAUUAUUUCCAAGUAAUAUCCCAUGAAAAGAAGGGAGUGUUAGAAAUACAUUCUUCUAUUUCUCAAGUAGCAGAAGCGGUACUGUGAACACCUUGGAUUUAACUUUACUAGUUCCUCAGUGUGGUUAUACUCAAAAACUCAAUAUAUUAUUGUGGCAUUUGUGUUCUGAUUACGUAGCUGUGUGGCCUUGGUUUUUUUAUGUUAGUUUCCUUAGAUGUUAGUAAACAGCCCACACUGAAGGGCUGGAUUUGGGCUCAUUACAGUAUUAAGUCAGAAAAGUGUUUUUUCAAAUUACACUUGUGCCUGAAGUAGUGGUGUAGGAUAGAGUUUAAAACUUGCUCAUUGCACUAAAAACCAUAUGGCCAUGCUAUACCAAACCAUUCUGUAGAGUUUAGUGACAUUGUUAUUACAUUGUGUUUCUGUCAUGCUGUUUUCAUUUUGUGAGGAACUCAAAGAAGCUUACAUAGCACCCAUUUGUGCUUACAGCAACAGCCUUCAACUCCGAGACAGGUUAGGUUGAGAGUGAGUAACUCUCCCAAAGUCACCCAGUGAGCUUCAUGGCCAAGUGGAGGUCAGAUCGCCCAGGUCGCCAGUCCAACAUUAAUUACUGUAGCACCUGGUCUCUCAAUCUCCAUAAUUUUGGCUCUGCAAUGAGUAUGCUGAUCCAACAAUGGAACACCAGUAAAUCAUAGAAAUACAGUUGUAAAAUAAUCACAAUAUAAGAAAUAUCCAGUCUUCAAUAAGCAAAUUAUUUUACCUGAUUACAGGCUGACCAGAACUGCUAUUCCUCAGGAAAAAAUAAAGUGGCUGUUUUUCAUCCUGUCUCCUGCCUGUUUCCUAUGCUAGAAAAUUGAAUAUUUUAAAUUGCAAAAUAUUUUAGUAUAUUCUGUUCCAUCCUUACAUGUGAUGCUCAUAAUCUAAUUUGAUCAAGAAUCAGAAUGAAUGAAAACUAAAUAAAUUAAGGAAAUCAGUAAUGAAACAUAUUUGGACAAAAUCCCAUUUGAUGCAACAGAACAUUCCUGCCCCUUGCAGCCCCCUACCCCAAAUCUGCCUCAGAGGAUCCUCCCAAACCUAGAGAGCAUGUGUAGGGUUCCAAAGGGAAUGGAGGAAUGGAGGGGAAAUCAUGCCCUUUACUGUUCUGCUGACAGAAGCCAAUAUGUCAAUGGCAAGGGAAACUGGAUACUAGCCAUUAUCUAAAAUAUUGAUCUGAGUCAGCUUCAUGUGUACACAUUGGUUAUUUUGUAAGGAAAUAUGUGUUCUUAUUGCAGGUCAUAUAACUUACAACUGAUUAAUAUAUAACUGAAUAGGGCUUUCACAGUGUUUAAUAUUUUUUGAAAAAUCUGAGACUAUAGCAAAUUUUGGUCAUUACUUUUAUCAAGCUGCAUUAGGAUGAGGAACAUAAAUAAAAUUGGAAACUUCUUAGUACAGAAAAUUUUGUUUUUUUGCAUACAAAAUUUUGCAUACAAAAACAUCUUUCAAAUUACCACUGUAGACUCUGUUCAAAAAGGAACCAACAAAUCGGAGAUCUAUGCUGACUCCAUGUGUGUAAGAUAUGCUGGUACUUCUGUAAGUAUUGCUGAAGUGACUGGGGAAAUUUGCAUGAUUGAGAGUUCCAUGUGGGUAUGAUCCUGUGAUCUUCAGAACAGAACCAUAAAUUGUGGCUGAGGACUGGAAGUAUUCCUGCAGAUCUUUCAUUUGCUGUAUGCACAAUUAUAAGAAUAGAUAAGCUCAUUCUAUCAUUUGCUGUAUGCACAAUUAUAAGAAUAGAUAAGCUCAUUCUAUCUCUGGACUCCGUCAGGUAAGAGUUUAUAUUGGAAAUGAUAAAUCCAGUCAUUCCCUUGAUGUAUUAAGAUGAUGAGUGUCCCAUUGGAAUUAUUGAGCUUCACUGAUACCUUUUUCCUCCUUCACUGUCCACAACAUCCACCAAGUAUGAAUUUUGUGAAAUGUAUGGUGGAGAGCCAAGCAUAGGAAAUUUUCAGUCAUGAAUAAAAGUGGAUGAACUGGCCACAUAGGAAGAGAGGCUUUCAGAUAAACUUCUGUGAAAAAGCACAAAGUAAGCGCAGAGCACUGAAGUUGAAUUUUGCAAAUCCACCUUUCAAAUCCACAGCACGAUUUACUCUGAACCCUGGAGUUCCUUUUCAGAAUCCACACAUUGAUACUCAAGCAACAAUGGGUAGUAAUCACAUUGCCCCGUUCACUUUCAAAAGGAGAGAAGCGGAGAUGAUCGUGAAACUUUCCAGCAGGCUACAUGAGCCUCUAGCAACCAAGAGCACAGAAGAGUUUGGAACUGAUCAAAUUACUAGGAGAGAGAGACUGAGAACACACAGCAUUGAAUCAUCAGGAAAAUUGAAGAUUUCCCCUGAACAGCAUUGGGAUUUUACUGCAGAGGACUUGAAAGACCUUGGAGAAAUUGGACGAGGCGCUUAUGGUUCUGUCAACAAAAUGGUCCACAAACCAAGUGGGCAAAUUAUGGCCGUUAAAAGAAUUCGGUCAACGGUGGAUGAAAAGGAACAGAAGCAGCUUUUAAUGGAUUUGGAUGUAGUUAUGCGAAGUAGUGACUGCCCAUAUAUUGUUCAGUUUUAUGGAGCACUCUUCAGAGAGGGUGACUGUUGGAUCUGUAUGGAGCUCAUGUCUACCUCGUUUGAUAAAUUUUACAAAUAUGUAUAUAGUGUAUUAGAUGAUGUUAUUCCAGAAGAAAUUCUAGGCAAAAUUACUUUAGCUACUGUGAAAGCACUAAACCACUUAAAAGAAAACUUGAAAAUCAUUCACAGAGAUAUUAAACCUUCCAAUAUUCUUCUGGACAGAAAUGGAAAUAUUAAACUCUGUGAUUUCGGCAUCAGUGGACAACUUGUAGAUUCCAUUGCCAAAACCAGAGAUGCUGGGUGCCGACCAUAUAUGGCUCCAGAGAGGAUAGACCCCAGUGCAUCUCGGCAAGGAUACGAUGUCCGCUCUGAUGUCUGGAGUUUAGGGAUUACAUUGUAUGAGCUGGCCACAGGACGGUUCCCCUAUCCCAAAUGGAAUAGUGUAUUUGAUCAACUAACACAAGUAGUCAAGGGAGAUCCACCACAGCUGAGUAACUCAGAGGAACGAGAAUUUUCUCCUAGUUUUAUCAACUUUGUCAACUUGUGCCUUACAAAGGACGAGUCCAAAAGGCCAAAGUAUAAGGAGCUUCUGAAACAUCCCUUCAUCCUAAUGUAUGAAGAACGAACAGUGGAUGUUGCGUGCUAUGUCUGUAAAAUUCUGGAUCAAAUGCCAGCAACUCCCAGCUCUCCAAUGUACGUCGAUUGAUACUGCUGCUACAUCAAAAUUCUAGUGCAAGUGCUGAGAGAAAGCAAGAUGUACAGAAUCUUCACCCCAUAUUGCAGUGUUUUAACGCUCGCCCAAACACCAUGUGCAAUAAUGUUGGUGUUUUUCUUCCAUUCUGUCUGUAUAUUAUUGUCACUUAUAAAGUGCAUCCAUGUAAUACCUGAUCACACAGUGUUAGUGUCAGUCAAAGAGAGACCUCAUUUUGCUCUUUUUGUGGACAUAUUCAUGAAAUGUGGAAAUAAGUAACAUUUUAUUUGUUGACCAUGAUUGGAAAGCACCUGAAGUUAAUUUCUAGGUUCAGAGACUUUUCAACAGUUACUGGAAUGAUUUUAUGCUCUCAGAAUCUUCCAAUUGUUACAGAUAACUUAGAAGAAAGGAAGUUAGGUGUUGGUCUGUCUGAUUCUGAACAUAACCCUGUAUGGGGAAAGAGGAACUUGCAGCCAAAUGAGCUACUUUUACCUUCUGGAGCCAGCAAAGGCAAACAGGGGAUAAUAUAUAAAUAUAUAAAUAUAUAUUUUUUCUUCACAAAGUGCAAUAGAUGAAUUGAUUUGAAUUUCUGUUGCUUUUUAGUCACAGUGUAUGUUUUGAGGACAGUGUGGCUCAGCAGAACUUCAUAUUUUGGGGGAAGAAAGAAGUGAUAAUGUAAAAUGGACUAUGUCUUUACCAAAAAAUAAUGCAUUGCAUUGAAAUAGGCUAACAACUGAACUCACAAGAGAUGAAGAAUAAUGUAUUCUUUAAUUUUCCAAACAAGCCACUCUUCAGUAGAACUAGGUGUCCUGUAAAUUGUUACCUGGUGAGAUAAGAUUUUGAUCUGAGGAAUUAUUAAAAUACUUAAUUGAAUUUAACUGGCUUGUGAACCCUGAUUUCUAACUACAUCAUGCUCAUUAAGCUGGCUAAACAGUCACAGAUUUAUCAUUAAAUAUUUGUAAUUCACUUGCCCCUGGUCUCCAAUGGCAUAAUCAAGAAGCUUCUCACAGAGUUCCAGGUGUGCUUUGGGUCUCUGCUUCAUGUCUGAUAUCCACUGCCAAAUCAAAUAAGCCUACUCCAUCCCCUUUAGUUGGAUCACUGGACGCCAAAAAUCACUGGGAAAUGGAUGCUAAAAUAUGCUUGAUUUCUUUUUGUGGAUGAAUUUGGCCUCUUAUGAGGCCUUCAAAAAAUGAAGAUUAGUUUUUGUGAAAAGAUUUUCCUAGUAAGAUGAUGAGAGAAUUAAAAUGUUAAAUGCUUUAAGGCAUAUAGCAGAAAAACAACUGUAAUGAUUCUUUUUCCAGAGCAAGAGAAAAGAACUUCCUAACAAGUGAGUCAGUGAAAAGCCCGCAACUGGGUAGCCAGUUGACUUGAGAUGCUGCCAGAUGGAGGGCACCUAGCACUACCAAUCAAACAAUGAAGUAGAGCUGUUCUGUUUGUUCUUCCUUAACAGUUUUUUGUGGAAAGAAAAAAGGCAGAAGUAGUGGUGGGAAAGCAAGAGAGGGUUAGAAGACGACGACAAUGUCAUCUAGACACCCUAUAAAAUUCUGUGAAUGAGGCAUAGUGAUUGCAUGAUAAAGUCUCAUGUGGAAGCACCUUUAAUCCCUCAAUCUUAAAGCAAAAACUUCAUCCAUGCAAGGACGUGGUCAACACCAAAUAAGAUAAUGCAUUGAAUUGGAAACCAGUUCUCAUGCAGUAAUUCGUCCUUGCAGUCCUCUCAGGUGGAUUAUCUUUAACCUUGUCUGGAGCUUCCUGUACAGGCUAAACACUUGGUUUAUUUUUCUCUUUGUGCCACAAAUUGAAUAGCUACCAUAGCCCCCUUUUCCACAUUCUACUCUUGCAUGUUGACGUGGAGCAUUUCCAUUCAGACAACCAGGAAAUGGAGGUUGCUUCCCGUUCAGGCUCAGUGGAUGACUGAGAGAGAUGGACAGUUUUAGCAUACUAAUCAUAGAUUAUUAUAAUAUACUAUUAAGGGUGCAGCAUUUAUAUUACAGUGUCUGUUUAUAAAGAUGUAUAGUGUUCAGAAGCUGUGAAAAUAGUGUAAGAACUGUACAUUGUGAACUGGUUAAUUUUUUUUCUUCUUGUACCAUAGAAAAAAUGUAUAAAAGUUUAUUGAGAAGCUGAUGUGCAGGGAUAUUGCCUUAUCGUCUGUAAGUAAACUGGAGUUUGACAACAUGAUAGCUUUUAAAAGCUUCCAACUAUUUUAUCUUCUCCUGAUUUGACUCCUUCCUCUUCUAUUUAAAAUAUUCUACAUGGAAUCAAAGUGUUAAUGUAAAAGUUCUAUUUUUUUUCGCCUGCAGGUCAGUUGUAAUAAAUCAAGGAUGCAACUAUGACCUUGUUAUUCUUGUUAUAAGGUCAGAUAUGUGAUGGGAAAAUCAAUAAAUUUUAACAAAAUUGUAAAAAA